AUGCACUGUGUUGGGUUAUUAAAGGUCAAUGUCAUGAAUAAGUUAGUGGCCUGGUGUUUAUGUGUUUCGACUACUUUUCUGGUGGUCGGUGCUGCUAAAUUAGAUCAUUCCUAUCGCAAUCAAAAAGAAGAUGGUUCAUUAGCCAACCAAACACAACUUGUUGAAGAAUGUCUGAAAAAAGAAAUAAAAUUUGAACCAUGUUGUGGAUCAGAAUAUUUCCUAAAUUAUGGGAUGGAAAAUUCAAAAAUUAUUAAAGAUUGUUUCCUACAUUCUACUAGCAUCGACAAAUGUCAAUGUAAUUAUCGCGAUUUUAAGAGAAAUAAAGUUUUGUGUAUUUACCAGUGCAUUGGUCAAAAACUUGGAUAUAUUGACAUUAAAGGACGCAUCAUACCUGAUCGAUACAAAACAUACAUGACAGAAAAGUUGUCUCUAGUUGGAUUUUCUGAAGACUUUCAAAGCAAAAUUAUCGAAGGUGUUUUAGCGUUCACUGCUGCUAACUCCGUUUCAAUAGGAGGAUGUAAAUCAGAUGGAGAAUUCAGUCAAAUUGGUCUUAAUAAACGGUUUAUAAUUCACUGUCCAGAAGACCAAAUGAAGGAUAAACAGUUGUGUAAAAUAAUGCAGAAAAGACUAGAAGAAGCACCAUAUUGUUUACCAUAA